ACACGACCCCUGCCCUACGUCAUAACAAACAUGGCGACCUACCUGAGGCGGAUGCACCACAUUUCGCUCCACGUUUCGAACGUGGACAAAAUUACCAACGACUUCGUCUCGAAAUUUAAGCUUCAGUUAAUUGCGACCAGAUUGACGGACCGCAGCAGACAGCUAGCCUUCAGAACCGGCUCGUCGGUUUUUGUCGUCAGCGAGAGGGGACGAAAUCAAGGUGCUGCCUUCACGUCGAAUGGGAAUUCGGCGCCUGUUACAGACACACUUGACCAGAAGCAGAACCGGAACCAGCCGACGGGAUGCCUUUACGACAUCAGCCCCCACUACCCAGUGGACACAGCGUGUAACGUGUGCUUUGAGGUGGAGGACGUCCACGGGUCGUUCGAUGCUCUCCGGCGCAUGGGCUGCAGUUUCCUGGUUCCUCCUACUACUGUGCACGACCAGCAAGGUCAGGUGAUCUACGCUGUUCUUAAAUCAAUCGUUGGGAAUGUCUGCCACACGUUAAUCGACAAGACGAAGUACAGGGGUAGCUUUUUACCUGGCUUCGACCUCGUUGACAAGGACCACGGCACCUCUGGAGAUGGCUGUCUAGUCACACAUGUGGACCACGUCGCCCUUGCGUGCCCCAUAGGGAUCAGCCAGCAGGUCAUGAGGUGGUACGAGCAGAUGUUUGGCUUUCAGAGGUUUUUCAUUCACAGAAACGACAAUGUGGAUGAUGGUUUUGUCAUCAAUCAAAGUGGGAAGGGACUCCGACUGGCCGCCAUGGAGUACCUAAAAUGCAGUGAAAUGGGUCUCGCUCUAACGAGCGAGGAUAAACACGAGCCCGACUGCAAGUUUGUUGUCGUGGAAUCGCUACCUGGUGAAGGGAGGAACCAGGUGGACACCUUCUUGGAGGAGCAUGGGGCUCCGGGAAUCCAGCACGUUGCCCUGCACACGAGCGACAUCCUGUCCACAACGCACACGAUGACGGACGCUGGCGUGCGCUUUUUCUUGCAUCCUGCUGCCUACUAUUCCCAGAGGGAAAAACUGAAGGAGAUCGUGGAUGCAGGAUACGACCCCCAGAUGAUGCACAAGUUUGGAAUUCUUCUGGACACCAACCCGGAAGAAGACUUAUUAUCCAGCCAGGCCAGAAAAUACCUCCUCCAGGUGUUUACCAAGCCCCUCUUCGAGGAGGACACUUUUUUCCUGGAGCUGAUUGAGCGCAGAGGCGCGACCGGCUUUGGCGAUGGCAACAUUAGGGCGCUGUGGGCCUGUGUGCAGAUGUACAUGGACGAUGACAACAGGAAGGAUGCUCCAAAAACUGCCCAGUAACUAUAGGAACUCUUUAAAUGGGUCAUUUGAAGGUCAUUUUAUGUAUUUUUGAGAUAGCACUGAUUAGGAUGUACUAAGAAAUUAUCUUGCAAGGUCAAGAAUUAAGAGCAGUUGACUGGAAUUUACUGAAAAAAAAAGUGUAUUUAUUUUAUAUUUGCUGUCCAACGAUGCACGUGCAUCUCGCAGAGUGGCUCCUAACAACAAGAAUGUACUAAAUUAUGUACUACUGUAAUACUGAUUAUGCUCUUAAGUAUCUUUUGCACACUGUGGUGGUGUUUUAACGGUGCACGUGUCACUUUGACAGGUUUUUGCUUGAAAAUGCCUUAAUGAAAAUGCACUUCCUGUUUCUGUGUGCACUGUAACAUAA